AUGCGAUUUAAGCUGGUUUUUUUCUCCCCCGUGUCCUCCACACAGAACAUAGUCCGACAUCUAUUCCAGCAGUUCCCGAACAACGUAGGACGGAUUGGAGCAUAUGGCGGAUGCGCCUUUGUAACCCGAGGAACAGGACAAUUCACGCCGCUGGAAGGCGCGAAUCCCGCCAUUGGAAAGGUGGGCGCUCCAGAAAGGGUAGAAGAAGAUAGGGUGGAGGUACUCGUGCGGUCGGAUUCUGACGACCGUACUGCAGUAUCUCGUGUAAUUGAAGAAUUGAAAAAGGUUCACCCGUACGAAGAAGUCGCGUAUGAUGUCUACCGUCUAGAAGACUUUUGA